CCCAAUAAAAGCCUUAAACCAAGUGAAAUAAACGACGCCGUUGGAACAUCCCUGAACCUUACGUCUUCCGUGCUCUCGAUUCUGCUCGACGAUCAGCAAAAGUUGAAACCUUUCUACCUCUCUCGAAUAACCCUACAUUGAAAAGAUGGUGUUGAUCGCGAACGAGGAAGAUAUCCUCACUAAAUACGAACAAAACCUACCGUCUUCAUCCUCGCCGCAAGCAGCCGCGACGGAGACGAAACAAGCCGACGCCGGAGAUGAUGAUUCCGAAGGAUUCGAAACAGCCAGCGAACGUGAAGUCAGCGGUGAGGAAGACGACAGCGAAAACGACGCCGUAACGAACCACGAGGAAGCUCAGAUUGAGCCAGUGAGAGAAGGAGAACCAAUAACCGACAACGGUUCGAACCAGGAGGAAGCCGUGGCGGAAGCUAAUGAAGCUAAAGUGGAAGGAAACAGUUUGUUCGUUAAUGGUCUUUACGAAGACGCAUUGUCUAAGUAUAUGCUUGCGUUAGAGCUUGUUCAGGAGUUUCCGGAUUGCACAGAGCUUAGAGCCAUAUGCCAUUUAAACAGAGGAGUGUGUUUACUCAAACUGGGUAAGUACGAAGAGACGAUCAAGGAAUGCACAAAAGCGUUAGAGCUGAAUCCUACUUACGCUAAGGCAUUGGUUCGCAGGGCAGAAGCACACGAGAAGCUUGAACACUUUGAAGAAGCUGUCACAGACUUGAAAAAGAUCUUAGAACUUGAACCUUCGAAUGAUCAAGCUAGGAAAGGGAUUCGACGUCUUGAACCUCUCGCUGCAGAGAAGCGAGAGAAGAUGAAAGAAGAGGCUAUAACUAAGCUGAAGGAGAUGGGAAACUCAAUCUUGGGUAAUUUUGGAAUGAGUGUGGACAACUUCAAGGCUGUUAAAGAUCCCAACACUGGCUCCUACUCUCUUUCUUUCCAAAACUAGUCACUAUAUCACUGUGGUCUUUAAUGUUUUGCUUUCACCACUUGAUUACUGAACAACAAUCUGGUUAACUAUUGCAAUGUGUUGUGUUCUUGAUGAUGCAUUGUUACUAAAAUGAUGUGCAAUCUUUUUUGGAUUUUAGUAUAAAUUCAAAACUCAAUGUUACAACAA